CUUCCGGUUAACAAUACACGUCGAUUGACGUGCGAUGUUUUCAAUGGCUAACUAUCCAGAAUCUGGCUUGUGUAGCUCUUUGGGUCGAUAUUCUGAAAUGGAGAAUGCAUUGUGUGCAUGAGUUCAAUUAAUUUAUAAUUAGAAGCUGAUAUAACCAAAAUUGCGUAUUUGCACCGUAGUUGUAGCAUUCUCCAAGCAUUCGAUUUCACAAAAUCUUAUCAAUGGAAUUAUAGUGAUGAAUUAUAGACGGACCUGAGUAUUUUCAGCUGUAUAUAUCCAGAUGUAACUGCUUUGCCUCUUACUGCCAUUCUCUUGUCGUUCAUAUCCGUGACACAAUUUGAGUGAUAAUGAGGCGCCUUAAUGUUGCAAGUAAGAGCAAGGCACUGAAAGUUGUGAAAGAACUUGAUGCCUUUCCCAAAGUUCCAGAAAGUUACAAAGAAACAACAGCCACUGGUGGAGGAUUAUCUAUAUUCACCUUCAUCAUCAUAGGAAUUCUAGUGAUCUCUGAAAUCAAGUAUUACACAGACACAGAGCUGAAAUUCGAUUAUGAAGUAGACACAAAUGUCACAGGAAAAAUCAAAAUAAAUGUUGACAUGACAGUGGCCAUGAAAUGCAGUAGCAUUGGUGCUGAUGUCCUUGACCUUACCGGACAAGAUGUCAACAGCUAUGGUAAACUUCUUGAGGAAGACGCCUAUUUUGAGUUAACUCCAAACCAGCAGAAAUACCACACAUUUUUACAGGAAAUAAACCGGUACCUUCAGGAGGAAUAUCAUGCUAUACAGGACCUCAUGUGGAAGUCGAAGACACCAGCAUUCCGUGGUGGUAUGCCUCCCAGAGAGACAAAUCCAGACCACGGUCCUGAUGCCUGUAGAGUUCACGGGUCACUUGAGGUCAACAAGGUUGCAGGCAACUUUCACAUUACUGCUGGAAAAUCAGUUCCCAUGAUUCCAAGAGGACAUGCUCACAUCGCCAUAAUGCUCUCCGAAAGGGACUAUAACUUCUCUCAUCGAAUUGAUCAUCUUUCAUUUGGGGAACCAGUGUCUGGAGUUAUCUACCCUUUGGACGGAGAACUACAGUCUACAAAAUCACAUUUCCAUACAUUCCAGUACUACAUACAGGUGGUCCCGACAGAAGUGAGGACGUACCUGGUCAAUGAGAACACGUAUCAGUUUGCUGUGUCUCAGAGGAAUCGUCAAAAUCGGGUUCGAUUCCCCAAAGGCAGCCAUGGUGUUCCCGCGACCCAUCUGUUUCAUGACUUAAAGUCAUCAAGUAUGCUGAUGAUCCGAGUACGAGAGGAGCACAAGCCAUACUGGCAGUUCAUGGUCAGAUUGUGUGGAAUAAUAGGCGGAGUGUUCUCUGUCUCAGGAAUGAUGCAUGGUUUGUCUGGAUUUCUGGUGGAUGUGUUCUGCUGUAGAUUCAAGAUGGGCAAAUAUAAACCGAAAUCCUAUGAGGAAGCAAGUCAAAGUGCCAUGCCUCCCUCUCCAUCCCUCUCCAACCCUCCACAAGAUGAUCCUGCUGGAGUGUCACUGCUUGCUCAGCCACAGUAGCACCAUUUUAUUCAUUUUAUAUCCAAUUUAUUGUUAUAUUUUUUAAACUCUACUGUAGUUGUUGAAUAUUGGAUGACAAUAAAAGUGGUAAUUUUAA